AUGCAUUUUGUAAAUAAAAAAUUUAAAUAUGGAUAUUCGUUGGAUGAUGGAACUUCAACAAUAGUGUCACCACCUAAUUUGAAAAAAAUUGUUUUAACUCAACAAAAUCCGAAAUUUUUAUUUUAUGGAACAAGAACCGAAAUUUUAGAAUGGAUGGAAAAAAAUAAAGAUAUCAUCAUUGAGUAUGAAUCGGAUAAUUUAUCUUCUUCACCAACACCAUCAGUAUUGUCAUCAUCAGACAACAAUAAAGAUAAUAACUUUUUUGUUAAUUCUCCAACAAAAACUACAAUAUCCCCAGAAUCUACAUUCUUGCAAAAUUAUAAAAACAUUGAUAAUGAUAAUGCAAUAACAUUUAAUUUAUAUGGUAUAAUAUCAGAUGAACUGGUUUCUUGUAAACCUUUAAAUUUUGCAAUUAAUUAUUUAACAUGCUUCGAUGUGUUGUUGGAAAUAUUCCCAACUAAUUUACUAAAUAAAGAUUAUAAGAAAUAUUUACCAAUUAAAACCACAAUUCUACCAUCUGGUAUGGAUUUACAAAGUGGAAGAUGGAAAACUCAAGAUGAUGAGAGUUGGUAUAAUCCCGAUAGACAUAUAAAGAAUCAAUUUCCAUUAGCUCCACCACAUUUGAAUCGUAGAUAUAAUAACUAUAGUCAUUAUAAUAAUUUCCCAAACAUGGCAUCUUCAACACGCUCAAUGAACAUUAACAACGAAAUGAGUGGUAACCAUAUAAAAACAUACAAUCCAAGGAAUGAAAAUUCCGAGGAUAAAAAGAAGAGAAUAUUAGCUGAAAAAGCUGCUAAAAAACGUAGUGAAGCCAUCGAUAAAGAAUUAAAAGCUGAAAGAGAAAAAGCAUUAUUAUUAAGAUCCAAAAGUGCGAAAUUAUUACUACUAGGUUCCUCUGAAAGUGGCAAAACAACAGUUUUGAAACAAUUAAAAAUCAUUCAUGGACAUGGUUUAGAAGAGGAACGUCAACGAUAUCGUAGGAUAGUUCAUUUGAAUGUACUUACUGCAAUGAAAUCAUUGACAAAUGCACUUCAGUUCUAUAGUCACACCUUGAAACCAGAGAAUGAACCACAUCUUGAAAAAUUUAUUAAAUUGACAUCGAUAAAAGAAACAUUGAAUCGUGAUUCUAUUAGUGUUCAGGCUGCUAUCAAAGAUCAGAAGCUGGAUGAUAGCGCUUUGGAUGUGUUUAACGAAUAUGCUGAAUCCGUUAAAGCAUUAUGGACAGAUCCUGCAAUUAAGCUCUGUUAUAAAUACGCUGGAAAAAUUGGUUUACAAGACUCUGCACAAUACUUCCUUGAUAAUAUCGAUAGAUUUGUCGAUGAAAAUUAUUCACCAUCAGAUUCAGACAUAUUACAAGCAAGAAUUAGAACAAUCGGAGUAACAGAACAUACAUUUGAUGUAAAUGAUAUAAUAUUCAGGAUUUUUGAUGUUGGUGGGCAUCGAUCUCAACGACAAUUCUGGGCACCAUAUUUUGAUGAUGUGGAUGCAAUAAUCUUUAUGGCUGCAAUAUCGGCAUAUGAUCAGACAUUAGAAGAGGAUGAUAAGACUAAUCGUAUGCAAGAUUCGAUUGAUCUAUUUGAGAGAAUAUGUAAUCAUAAAUUAUUUAAAAAGACUGGAAUAAUUUUGUUUCUGAAUAAAAUUGAUAUCUUGACACACAAACUUACAUUAACACCAGUCAAAAAUUAUUUUCCUGAUUACGAGGGCGAUAAUAAAUUUGGCAGUGUUGAAGAGGAUGAUAAGACUAAUCGUAUGCAAGAUUCGAUUGAUCUAUUUGAGAGAAUAUGUAAUCAUAAAUUAUUUAAAAAGACUGGAAUAAUUUUGUUUCUGAAUAAAAUUGAUAUCUUGACACACAAACUUACAUUAACACCAGUCAAAAAUUAUUUUCCUGAUUACGAGGGUAAUUGA